CUGGUUUGAUGUAGGGGGUAAACAUGUCUGUAAUGGGAGGUGGUACGAGAGGGUUUUAUUUCAACACAGUCCUGUCGCUGGCCCGCUCUUUAGCUGCCCACCGUCCCGCCCCGGUCGAAAAGGUCCAGAAGCUGCAAUGUAUGUGUCCCGUAGAAGCCCGCGGUGUGUUUACUUUGGAUGUGCGUCGCAGAGAUGCUGUCAUUGCUCUGGCUGUGUUUCUGGUGGAGUCUGGUUUACAGCACAAAGACAUACUUGUUUCCUACUUGCUGAGCCUAUUGAGAGGGCUGCCACGGGUCCAAUGGAUCGAAGAAAGCUCGGGAAAGAAAGGAAAGGAAUUUCUUCCAGUUGCAGAAAACUUCAGCUUCUGUCUGGUGACACUUCUGUCAGAUGUGGCUCAGAGGGACCCAGACUCCAGAGAGGAGAUCUUAAACACUAUAAUGGAGGUCAUGCAGGCUUUCCAGGACAUGUGCCAAACACCUGAUAAUCACGACAAAGUCUUCCUGUGCAGGUACAUCAUCCCCAGCCUUCUCGGCAUGACUCGAGCGUUCGGCCGCUACAGCAACACAGACGAAGCGCUGUUGUCCAAGUUGUUCCCCAAAGAUUUUCCCCAGACUCGCUGCGUCACGGAGGAAACGGAGGGCGUGCGGCGCAGAUCCUUCAAUGACUUUCGUUCUAUCCUGCCGUCCUCGCUGCUCACCGUGUGCCAAAGUGACACUCUGCGCAGACGCACCGGGACCAACCUGGAUUCCUCUGCACAGAUCUGUACGGAUCCAGGAGGCCACUCUCCCUGCUCUCCGACAGCCCCCGGCCCACAUUACUUUGAAGCAGCCUAUCUUCCAGACAGCAGCACCGUGGACCCCGACUACUAUUUCUCCACCGUCAGCUCCAGUUUCUCAAUGUCUCCUCUCUACAUGGUAGCAGGAGAAAAUGAGGUGGAGGUGCCCGUUGAACUGCUGCGACAGCUCCUCAGCAUGGUUAAGAAGUUUGUUUCUGAAGCUUUUCUGAAAACUCUGGACGCCACCAUGACAGAAGUCACAGAGUCUAAUCCUGGAAUCAACCUCUAUUACAAAACCUUCAGUGACCCUCUCUAUGUGUGUGUGUUCAAAAUGCUGCGGGACACACUCUACUACAUGAAAGCCCUGCAGCCGACGUUUGUACGAGAGGUGCACGACUUUGUGCUGGAGCAGUUUAGCAGCAGUCAGUCGGAGCUGCAGCGGGUACUUCAUGACACGGGGGGGUUGCCGGGGGAACAAAGCCCCCUCAAACUCCGUUGCCAAGCCAACGCUGCCUGCGUGGACCUCAUGGUGUGGGCCGUCAAAGAUGAGCAAGGAGCUGAGAAUUUGUGCACCAAACUGUCGGAGAAGCUGCAGUCGAAAACCUCCAGCAAAGUCAUCAUUGCUCAUAUGCCCCUGCUCAUCUGUUGCCUACAGGGCCUGGGCCGUCUGUGUGAGAGGUUUCCAGUAGUUGCUCACUCUGCCACAACCUCUCUCAGGGAUUUCCUGGUGGUUCCUUCCCCUGUUCUUGUAAAACUCUACAAGUAUCACAACCAGUACAGCACAGGAACUGGGGAAAUUAGGAUAAACGUGACUAACGAGCAUUCUCAGUCCACCUUCAACAUACUGUCGAACAGGAAAGACCAGCCCUCCAUGUACGAGCAGCUCCGAGACAUUUCCAUUGACAACAUAUGCAGAUGUCUGAAAGCUGGUUUGACGAUGGACCACGUGAUAGUCGAAGCCUUUCUGGCCAGUCUCUCCAACCGUCUGUACAUUUCACAGGAGAACGACAAGGAAGCCCAUCUAAUUCCAGAUCACACCAUUCGAGCACUGGGCCACAUCGCAGUCGCUCUGAGAGACACUCCCAAAGUCAUGGAGCACAUCCUACAAAUCCUUCAGCAGAAGUUCUGCCAGCCUCCGUCGCAGCUCGAUGUUCUCAUCAUAGACCAGCUCGGCUGUAUGGUCAUCACAGGAAAUCAAUACAUCUAUCAGGAGGUGUGGAAUCUGUUCCAGCAGAUCAGCGUGAAAGCCAGUUCAGUGGUCUAUUCAGCCACCAAAGACUACAGGGAUCACGGUUACAGGCACUGCUCUCUGGCAGUGAUAAACGCUUUGGCCAACAUUGCAGCCAACCUGCAGGGGGAGCAGCUGGUGGACGAACUGAUGGUGAACCUCUUAGAACUGUUUGUCCAACUGGGCCUGGAAGGAAAGCGAGCCAGCGAGAGGGCCUCCGACAAGGGCCCGGCGCUGAAGGCAUCAAGCAGCGCCGGAAAUCUUGGAGUCCUUAUUCCAGUGAUUGCUGUGCUGACCAGACGCCUGCCGCCAAUCAAAGAGGCCAAGCCCCGCCUCCAGAAGCUGUUCAGAGACUUCUGGCUGUACUCGGUGGUCAUGGGUUUUGCCGUGGAGGGAUCAGGUCUUUGGCCAGAGGAGUGGUACGAAGGCGUUUGCGAGAUUGCCACCAAAUCUCCUCUUCUCACGUUCCCCAGCGGAGAACCUCUUCGCUCUGAACUGCAGUACAACUCAGCUCUGAAAAAUGACACAGUGACACCGGCCGAGUUGAGUGAACUACGAGCGACGAUUAGCAACCUCCUCGACCCACCUCCUGAAGGAUCUGCCCUCAUUAACAAGCUGGACUUCGCCAUGUCCACCUACCUGCUCUCCGUCUACCGAUUAGAAUACAUGAGGAUGCUGCGUUCCAACGAUCCCGACAGGUUCCAGGUCAUGUUUCGGUACUUUGAGGACAAAGCCAUCCAGAAAGACAAAUCUGGCAUGAUGCAGUGCAUUAUUUGUGUUGGCGACAAAGUGUUUGAUGUCUUCCUGCAGAUGAUGGCUGAGAAGCCAAAGACUAAAGAGCACGAGGAGGAACUGGAGCGACAUGCCCAGUUCUUGUUGAUCAACUUUAAUCACACCCACAAGAGGAUCCGCAGAGUGGCAGACAAAUACCUCUCUGGUUUGGCAGAGACAUUCCCACAUCUGCUCUGGAGCGGUCGUGUGCUGAAGACCAUGCUGGAUAUUUUGCAGACGCUCUCUCUGUCACUAAGCGCUGACAUUCACAAGGAUCAGCCUUACUAUGACAUCCCAGACACCCCGUACAGGAUCACUGUUCCUGACACAUACGAAGCCCGAGAGAGCAUUGUAAAGGACUUUGCUGCUCGUUGUGGUGAAAUCCUGAAAGAGGCGAUGAAAUGGGCCCCUUCAGUCACAAAGUCCCACCUACAGGAGUACCUGAACAAGCACCAGAACUGGGUGUCGGGACUGUCCCAGCACACUGGGCUCGCCAUGGCCACAGAGAGCAUCCUGCACUUCGCAGGCUACAACAGACAGAGCACCACACUCGGCGCUGCUUUCCCCCAGACCACUCAGCUGACAGAAAGACCAGCAUGUGUGAAGAAGGACUACUCCAACUUCAUGGCGUCGCUUAACCUACGAAACCGGUACACAGGAGAGGUGGCUGGAAUGAUCCAGUUCUCAGAGGCGACUCACAGCCAGUCAGACCUCAACAAGCUGAUGAUCCAUCAGAUGACCAGUGCUCUGGACAGAAAAGACCCAGAGGCCUUCACUCAGGCCAUGUUCAAGAUGGCAGCUCUGCUUAUAACGACCAAAAACUGCGAUCCACAGCUCCUGCACCAUCUGUGCUGGUCCCCUCUGAAGAUGUUUACAGAGCAUGGCAUGGAAACUGCUAUUGCCUGCUGGGAAUGGCUCCUGGCUGCACACAAUGGAGUGGAAGUGCCAUUCAUGCGUGAGAUGGCAGGGGCCUGGCAGAUGACAGUGGAGCUCAAGAUGGGUUUGUUUUCCGAGGCAAAGGUUGAGACCGGGCCGCUGGCCGUCUCAGAGGAGAGUCAACCUGCACCCUGUGCUCCUGAUGUCAUCCCUCACUUCCUCUGGAUAGAGUUUCUGGUGCAGAGGUUCGAGAUAGCCAAGUACAGCAGCGCUGACCAGGUGGAGAUUUUCACAACUAUUUUGCAGAGAUCUCUGUCUCUGAGCGUCGGAGGAGCCAAAAGCAGCCUGAACCGACACGUUGCUGCCAUCGGACCGAGAUUUAGACUCCUGACUCUGGGUCUGACUCUCCUGCAUGCUGACGUUGUGACCAACGCCACCAUCAGAAACGUGCUUCGAGAGAAGAUCUAUUCCACGGCUUUUGACUACUUCAGUGUGACUCCCAAGUUCCCCACUCAGACGGACAAGAGGCUGAGAGAAGACAUCAGCAUAAUGAUCAAGUUCUACGCCAGCUUGCAGUCAGACAAGAAGUAUCUAGCUGCCAACCAGCUGGUUCCCCCAGAUCCCCAAGACAUGUCGGUGAACAGCCUGUCUGUAGUGGCGGUGGCGGACAGCCGGAGCAGUCUGGAUGCAGCAGUAGGUCAGAGGCAGCAGGUGGCUCAGGGAUGGAUCAACACCUACCCUCUGUCCUCAGGGAUGUCCACCAUAUCCAAGAAAUCAGGACUGUCUAAGAAGAGCAACAGAGGCUCUCAGCUGCACAAAUAUUACAUGAAACGCAGGACACUACUCCUGGCUUUACUGGCCAGUGAGAUUGAGCGGCUGACAACAUGGUACAACCCGUUGUCCACUCAGGAGCUUGCGAUCGCUACAGAGCAGUCGGUGGAGACCAGUAUUGCGAACUGGAGGUCCAAAUACAUCAGCCUGACGGAAAAACAGUGGAAGGACAACGUCAACCUGGCCUGGAGCAUCGCACCUUACCUUGCCCUGCAGCUGCCCGCCAGAUUUAAAAACACGGAGGCUAUUGUCUCUGAGGUGACUCGUCUGGUGCGAAUGGAUCCGGCUGCUGUGUGCGACGUUCCUGAAGCAAUCAAGUUUCUGGUGACGUGGCACACGAUUGAUGCCGACUCUCCGGAGCUGAGUCAUAUUCUGUGCUGGGCUCCGGCGGAUCCUCCGACUGGACUGUCCUACUUCUCCUCCAUGUACCCGCCUCACCCCCUCACGGCCCAGUAUGGCGUCAAAGUGCUGCGCUCCUUCCCUCCUGACGCCAUUUUAUUCUACAUCCCUCAGAUUGUCCAGGCGCUUCGUUACGACAAGAUGGGCUACGUGAGAGAGUACAUCCUGUGGGCCGCUCAGAAGUCUCAGCUGCUGGCUCACCAGUUCAUCUGGAACAUGAAGACCAACAUCUACCUGGACGAGGAAGGGAACCAGAAAGACCCCGACAUCGGCGAGCUGCUGGAGCAGAUGGUGGAGGAGAUUACCGGCUCGCUGUCUGGCCCGGCCAAAGACUUUUACCAGAGAGAGUUUGACUUCUUUAACAAGAUUACCAACGUGUCGGCCAUUAUCAAGCCUUUUCCCAAAGGGGAGGAGAGGAAGAGGGCCUGCCUGGAUGCCAUGUCACAGAUCAAAGUCCAGCCUGGCUGUUAUCUCCCCAGUAACCCUGAGGCCAUAGUUCUGGAUAUUGACUACAAGUCUGGGACCCCCAUGCAGAGCGCUGCCAAAGCUCCCUACCUGGCCAAGUUCAAAGUUAGGAGGUGUGGAGUCAGUGAGCUGGAGAAAGAAGGUCUGCGGUGUCGCUCAGAUUCUGUGGAUGAGGCGAAGAACGAAGAGGAGGCCAAGAGAAUCUGCUGGCAGGCGGCCAUCUUUAAAGUUGGAGAUGACUGCAGACAGGACAUGUUGGCACUUCAGAUCAUCAGCCUGUUUAAGAACAUCUUCCAGCUGGUCGGCCUGGAUCUCUACGUGUUUCCUUACAGGGUGGUGGCCACAGCUCCUGGAUGCGGUGUGAUCGAGUGCAUCCCAGACUGCAAAUCUCGUGACCAACUGGGCCGACAGACGGACUUCGGCAUGUACGACUAUUUCAGGAACCAGUAUGGAGACGAGUCUACGCUGGCGUUCCAGAAGGCGCGGUACAACUUCAUCCGCAGCAUGGCAGCUUACAGCUUGCUGCUGUUCCUGCUGCAAAUAAAAGACAGACACAACGGCAACAUCAUGCUGGACAGUCAGGGCCACCUCAUCCACAUCGACUUUGGCUUCAUGUUUGAAAGCUCUCCGGGCGGGAACCUCGGCUGGGAGCCCGACAUCAAGCUGACCGACGAGAUGGUGAUGAUCAUGGGCGGGAAGAUGGAGGCGACGCCCUUCAAGUGGUUCAUGGAGAUGUGUGUGAGGGGAUACCUGGCUGUCAGGCCCUACAUGGAUGGAGUGGUCUCCUUAGUCAACCUCAUGCUGGACACCGGCCUUCCUUGCUUCAGAGGACAGACCAUCAAACUGCUCAAGCAGCGGUUCAACCCGGGUUUGAGCGAGAAAGAUGCAGCUUCCUUCAUCAUCAAAGUCAUCCAGAACUGCUUCCUCAGCAACAGGAGCAGAACCUACGACAUGAUCCAGUAUUACCAAAACCAGAUCCCAUAUUAAACGUUUGUGCCUAAGCAUGUGCAUAUAUUGGCCGGUACGUGGCGUGUGCGUGCGUGCGUGAGUUUGCGUGUGUGCCUUUGUGAAUGUUCACCAUUGAAGAUCGUGGCUCACCGUUUCUUCUGCUGAUUGUUGGAUGUUGUCCUUUGUGUUUGCUUUGGGCUUCUUGUUUCCUCUUUUUUUUUUUUUCCUUUACAUUAGUUGUCCCUUUAUUUAUUAUUAAGUUGGAAUCAUUGUUAUUAUUGAUUAUGAUAUUAUUGCACUAGCAUCUUGACUCCUGUGUACUUAGAGAGAGAAAAAAAACAACAACAAAACUCUUAGUAAUCUGCACGUUCAGUAAAUACUUUAUCGGAGUUUGUGCCAAUUUUAAAUGAUUUGUAAACGUCAGUGAAUGUGGAUUCUGUUGAUUUUUCGAUGGGGUUUUGAAAUGUGAUUGGAUACUUGAAGUAGCCGACUGGUUUCAGUUCUGACCAAUGUGGCCUAUUCUGUCAUCUCGUACUUGACUGUACUACUGUGCUUCUCUUUUUAAAUGGACCAGUCAGAGUUCCUUGAUCCGUGGCAUGGUACUCGUCUUGUUUGUAACCGUGAGACUUGACUGUAUAGACAUGGGUGGCGCUGUCUGUAUUUUGGGGUUUUUCAUAUUUCCACAUAUUUCCACUUUCAAAGAAACGAUGCACACGAGUCGUGGGAAACACUGGGGCUGAGUUUUGUACAUUUAGCGUUGCCAAAGGGGAGGGAGGGGAGAUACUGCACAUGAUUCACACUUUUCUAUUGCUUGUGGGUGAGGGUAAGGCACAGCUUCAAUGUUGGGCAGUUGCAUGAGGUGUUUACUACCAUGUAGCCUGUGUCCGAUGUGGCUUUUUUGGUGAAAAUUACUGUAGUAAUCCAAAGUGCUGUGCCCCACGUCCAUACGGUUAGCUUAAGCCUUCAUGUAAUGUUACAGGUUGUAAAGAUUUUGCCUCUCUUUGUAUAUUUAUAUCCAUGACCCAUUUUCUGUCUCCUUUUCUAUCUUCAUGCCUUUUGAAUGAGAAUGCACAAGAUAUGAAAUCAAAUAAAGAUCUAUUAACUUAAAAA